AUUUUCCUAUUUUAUAUCACCCUCUUCUCUCCUAUACACGCACGCCCCAAAACCCUAACCGUCAACGAGUUCAGACUCGAGAGCCCCAAAUUUCACACUGACUACAAAAUUUUUGAGCAGGCAAACUCAUGGCGGAGAUAAAGCACCAAGAAGAACCGACAUUGUCCGCGAAGCGCAAACCCGAUCUCACCUGCGAUGACAACCCCAAGAAAACCACGAAACUAGAAGCCCCUCCAGAUAACAACAUCGAUUCCUCGGUUUUCAAAGAGAAAAACAACUUUCUUGAAUCUUCUGAACACAAUUCUUCAAUAGCUCAAGAGAAGGACUGUAAAUUCGAGACCGAUUUACUCGCCGAAGCCGAAGACGAAGACGAGGACGACUAUGAUGACGAAGAAGAGGACGAAGAAGAUGAAGAUGAAGAUGGUGAGGACGGUAAUGGGAAGGUUGAGGUGGACCAGAGGGGAAAGGGGAUAGUGAGGGAUGACAAGGGCAAAGGCAAAUUGAUUCUAGAAGACGACGACGACGACGACGACGAAGAUGACGGUAGCGAUAUAUCGAAUGGUGAAAGCGAUUUAUCGGACGAUCCGUUAGCGGAGGUCGAUUUGGAUAACAUUCUGCCGUCCAGGACUCGGAAGCGGACGAUUCAGCCUGGGGUUUACAUUGCUAGUGAUCUUGGUAACAACGACGAUGAUAGCGACGGUAGCGAUGCGUGAGGAUAAGGAAUGGAAGCUCAUCAUGAAAUCCUGGGGGUCCAGUGUUUGUUGGCAGUGCCAUCACUGGGGUUAUGGGCAGUCGGGACAGUAGGUAUACUUGGUUGUUUCUCGGAAACUGAGUUGCUACAAGGGGGAAAUAGGAGGCUGUUAAGGAUUUGGUUUGGGUUGUGUUUGAUUUGCAAGACAAAGCUACUUGUAAGCCCAGUGUAUUAUACUACGUGAUUGAACUCUUAGUGGUAGUUUAUUAUAUGCAAAAAAAGAAAAUUAAAAAACACAAACACAGUGACAAUUUUUUUUUUUUAUUGGCAUCGGAAUAACGUCCCAACUAAUCCACAGUAAUGCAGUGUCAUUUUUUAAAAUUGAGAAACUGGCUAUUACUCGUGGCAUGAACUAUUUGGAAUUGGACACCUGGAUUGGCAUCUCUGGUUCAAGGUCCAUUGAAUGUGUUGGUA